AUGGAGGUGCAGGAGAUCAAAAAUCGGGUGAGUCCCCUUCGGAUGGUUCUUUUUUAUGCAUCCGUUUCUUCUAGAUGAAAGCGUAUCGUUUCGUGGCCUACUCGGCCGUCGCGUUCUCAGUUGUCGCCGUCAUUUCGGUGAGCUAACCUCCAGGGACCAUCCACCAAAAUGAUCCCUCUUUUAGGUGUGUGUCACUCUUCCGAUGGUCUACAACUACGUUCACCACGUCAAGAGAACCAUGCAGAAUGAGAUUGUCUAUUGCAGAGUGAGUCCACUCACUCUAUCGCUAGCCCCUCAUUGUCUCCAUUUCAGGGCUCUGCAAAGGACAUCUGGUCGGAAGUGAGAUCCCUAAAGACUGCUCUCGAGCCAAUCCACAACAGGACGGCUCGUCAGGCGUACGCCGAUGCGGCUGUUCACGGAGGAGGCGCCGGCGGCGGAAACUGCGAAGCUUGCUGUCUUCCAGGCCCAGCCGGACCUGCUGGACAGCCCGGAAACCCUGGAAAGCCAGGAAAACCGGGAGCGCCGGGACUGCCUGGAAACCCGGGAAAACCACCAGUUCAGCCGUGUGAACCGAUUACUCCACCACCAUGCAAACCAUGCCCAGAAGGUCCGGCCGGACCUCCAGGACCUCCAGGACCACCGGGAGAUGCUGGAACUAACGGAGCACCAGGAGCACCUGGGCGAGAGGCUCCACCAGGAGAGCCAGGACCGAAGGGGCCACCAGGACCACCGGGAGCUCCAGGAGCACCAGGAGAACCAGGAAGACCAGGAGACGAUGCUCCAAGCGAGCCCCUCAUCCCAGGAGAGCCAGGACCAUCCGGACCGCCAGGGCCCCCAGGACCACCGGGACCAGAUGGGCAGCCAGGAAACCCUGGAGGACCAGGAACACCUGGACCGAAGGGACCGCCAGGAAACCCAGGAACUCCUGGAGCCGAUGGAAAACCAGGAGCCCCAGGACCCGCUGGACCAGCCGGAGCCAAGGGAGAGAAGGGAAUCUGUCCGAAGUACUGCGCCAUCGACGGGGGAGUCUUCUUCGAGGACGGAACUCGCCGAUAA